CUCACGACAAGCACUAGGGGGCUUAAAGAGAUCGAAAGUCUCACCAGCCACAGUCAAUCAGAAUGUACGAAUCUAGCGUCUAGGCAUCGUCAAAGGGGGUGAGUCGGUGUAGACUCCGUGCUAUAGGCACGCGGAAUAUGUACAGUGGCCGUGCAGCACGCCACGAGGCUGAGCAAAGAACUGCUGUUUGGCUACUGUUGCCUCAACGUAGCGUGUAACAUGACCAACGAGAGUGAAUAGUAUAGAUAAAACGCGAGAUGUCGUGCGCACAAAGAAAUGCUUGUACAGUAUUCCAGUUGUUUGUUUCAUAGUUCAGACGUCAAGCAAUCUGAUUGUUGCCAAUAUUGUCCGUUUGCGUUCAGGGCUCACCAACACCAAGACCGCCGCAAUCAGGGCGCACGCCAUGCCAUUGGUUAACUUCCAGCCACUGCACUCUUACACCACUUUUGCGCGAUCUGCUACUUUUCCAAAGUCGACGGUUGUUGUUGCGCGGGAACGAGUGCGACAGGUUGCUGGCCAUUUGGCGAGAUCCAACACGAUGGCGUCCAUGUGCUCCAAGGAGGAGGUACACGAGUCCGAACCACCAAAGACAACGACUGCAUCGCAAAAACAGGCUGCAAACACAGACUCGGAAAAGAAGACUGCAGCGAAAAAAUGCCCGACCUGCGACGGCUCAGGAUCUAUAGAAGCCCAAGAGCCCACAACACAACCUGCUCCCAAAGGCGCAGCCGUGGACAUCGACCAAGAGGUCAAGGACAUAUACAACCAACUCCCACCACUCCCUUCCCCGCUACCAAAGGCUCAUCCAGAGUUCGUCCACGCCCUGCCCCCAGUAGCUCCCAUAUACCGGAAAUUCUCCGUAUUCACCGCCGGCAGCAUAGAAAUGGGCGCGGCAGUCCAAUGGCAAAGACAACUAGCCACCGUACUGUCCCCUUUGCCCAUUACUGUCUGCAACCCCCGCAGAGGCCACUGGGAUCCAACAGUAACGCCGGAAGCCAAGGACGAGUCGUUUCGGCAACAGGUCGAGUGGGAGCUUGGCGCGCUCGAGCAGGCCGAUGUCAUCUGCUUCUUCUUUGACGUCAACACCAAGAGUCCUGUGACGCUUCUUGAACUGGGUCUCUGGGCUGCGUCGGAGAAGGUCAUUGUGUGCUGUGACAAGAGGUAUUGGCGCGCGGGUAACGUGCAUAUUGUAUGCGGCCGCUACAAAGUCCCUUUUGUCGAGUCGUUUGCGGAUUUGGCUCCGGCGAUUGAGGCUAUGCUGAAGAAGAAGGGGAUGCAACUUGAUGGCAAUGGGGACCUGAUUGGGCCGAAUGAGCACGUGCCAAAAACGGUCAAGAAGACGGUGUUAGGGGGUUGAUUUCUCGAGAUGCGUUGGCGGCGGUUUGUACAGGAGUUGGCGGGUCAUUUGAGCAUUGUCUUUGGGUUAUGUUUUUUUUUAUUGUUUGUCGUUAUUGUCAUUUUUGUUGUCUUUUGAUUUAUGGUUAUUGCGUAUAUGCACCUGCUUAGAGCGAUGCUAGGCAUCUUUCCCUGUGCGACUCGAGGUGCGAAUGGAAGCCAUGACGAUGAAUGCUCUUCCCUCUGUGAAUACAUUUAUCUCUCAAUCUUCACCGCUUUUACAAACGCGCGCCCACAGCAUACGCCUUCGACUGCAAAGCUCCCUACUCCACCCCGCGCUCAAUCUAUAUUGUACUCAACCCAGCACAGGCAACU